GAAAGCCCAAAGACACCCUUAACAGCACCUAUAAACAGAAAGGAAGCAUCAGUAACACGUUUACAAGCUAAAACCAACUACAACAAAGGCAACACUAAUUCAACAAGGCACCGGCGACAAAAUGAAUUGACAACACCAAAUCGCAAAAUGAUGAAAACAAAAUCUAUGCAAAUAACGACUCACAGCACAAAACGUAAUCAGGACCUACCCACCGAAAUUUACAAUGCUGAAAUUGAUGAUGCCGAAAUCAACGACACCGAACGUGCUAAUAACUGA